UUUGGUGGCAUUGCACUCAUCUUGUCUGGAGAUUUCUUUCAAUAUCCCCCUGUUGGUGGUAGUGCUCUAUACACACAUAUAUCAUGUUAUGCAGGCCAAAUGGAUGACGAGGUACAAAAGCGCCUGGGCCACCUCGCAUGGAAGACAAUCAACACUAUAGUGACCCUCACAGAGCAGCAAUGUAUGAAGGCAGAUCCUGCAUACGGCCAAGCUGUUAGCCCCCUCAGAGUAAGAGAAUGUACAUACAAUGAUGUGGAGUUAUUCAACAGUCGGGUC